ACUCGAGUUUAAAAUCGCUCCUGACAGAUCAUUUGCGUCAAAUCACACGAGCACGCCGUCCAGAUAACAUCACCAGGGUGCAUGCGCAGUACGAACGACACGAGGUCGCAAUCAGUUCCUCAAAAAUUCGUAUAGUGGAUUAGAUUGAGGCGUCGGAAGGGGAUAAAGGAAGAUUACUAGCACAUCGUACGGUAAACGAGGAGGAUUCAACGCAAACAAGCAAAAAGAAUUAUUUCCACAACGUUCAUAAUCAUACUUGACAAAGCAAAGCAGUAAGAGCUACACAUCUUCAAAGAAUCUUUGAUAAGACAAGAAUCGUAAAAAUGAAAAAGUACACCCACUUAUUGCUCCUAUUAAUAAUGUUUAUAAAAAAUAUAAACGGUGUUCCGUCAAUGCUGACUUUCAAUUUGCUUCGGACGCGAAAAUCAAGCUCGCCAGAGAUUUUAGGAGGUCGCACGGCGAAAUGUGAAAAAGAAGGAGCCAUCGUGGACUUGCCAUUAGUCUCUCGCAUUCCUUGUAUGCGAUGUUUUUGUGAGGGCGGAGUUGUACGGUGCAAGAUAGAGAAAUGCCCUAAAAUCUUGCAUUGCAAUGGAAUCAUGGUGAAGAAGGCGAACGUCUGUUGUAGCGAAUGUCAAGAAAGCGAAAACUGCUUAUACGAAGGAAAGAAAUAUGAGAAUGGAGAUUCGUGGCCUGGUCGUCAAUGCACACAAUGUACAUGUAAAACAGGCGGUUAUUCCUGCAAGCCUAUAACGUGUAACCAACAUUUUGUCUGUCCAAAGGGUAUGAAAAAAGGAUUCAAGCCAGGAGCUUGCUGUGAGACUUGUAUUGAAGAGACCGAAAUGUGUACAUCAUUUGGGGACCCUCACUAUCAAACAUUCGACGGUCGAAUGUAUAACUUCCAAGGAAAAUGUAAAUACGUGUUUGCCAAAGAUUGCGCCACAAACAACUUUACGAUUCAAGUACGAAACGAAGGACGUCACUCCAGGACAUUUUCCUGGACAAAAUCCGUGUUUUUGCACUAUAAUGGCAUCGAGGUGGCACUACUCCAGAAUCUUCGCGUGAAAGUGAACGGUCAUGCUGUGGGUUUGCCUUAUGCUGAUCUAAAACCGGAUGUAUACAUCGCAAAGGAGAGCUACUUAAUCACGGUCAAUACCGCCAUUGGUGUCCAGGUUGUAUGGGACGGUGAUAGUUACACCGAGGUUCAUGUACCAAAAAGAUACAGGAACAAAACUUGUGGAUUUUGUGGAAAUUUUAACGGUGAUGCAAGCGAUGAUUUUCAAACACCAGAUGGUGAGGUGAAAGAGAACACGAAGGAAUUUGCUGUUAGCUGGCAAGUGCAUAACAACAAAAUGUCAAGUUGCGACAGCAAUGAAUCGGGCAACAACCCGCCCGCCUGCCGAGGUGCAAAGUUAUUGCAUGCCAGACUGCAAUGUCACGUGUUAAAGAAAGCAAAGUUUGCUAAAUGUCACAAUCUGGUGAACCCAAGGCCCCAUUUUCAAUCAUGCAUAAACGACAUGUGUCAUUGUCCUCGUUCACAAGUCCACUCUUGUUUAUGUCAGAGUUUAACCGCUUACGCUAGAGCGUGUCAAAGAAAGGGAAUAUUUAUACAAUGGCGGUCGACCAGCAGUUGUGGAGUUAAAUGUAAAGGCGGCAAAGUAUACGAUAAUUGUGGGCCCGCGUGUCGAAUCACGUGCAAGAAUAAAGAUCGCGCGAACAAAAUGUGCACGAAACCUUGUGUUGCGGGCUGUCAAUGCCCAGCGGGAAAAGUGUGGCACAAGAGGAAAUGUAUUUUACCGUCGAAAUGUCCAAAGUAGGUCCAAGAAACGAAAAGCUUUUGCCCAUUGAAACAUUGUGAACAGUGAAUUAGCCAUUUGAUGGCUUGUAUAAACACUUUAGUUAUAAAAUAACACAAUAUAAAAUCGUGGCAACAGAUGGUAGGUUCGGUAGGUAAGUAUAUUGAAUAGCCAAAAAGGUCGUUUUCAUCUUGGAAAAAAUUUCCCAUUGCCAGUUUUUGCUUCAACAUGAAGAACGUAUACAAAAAAGUUUGUAAAAUUUCUUCUGCCAAGUUUAUAAAAUCGUCAAAAUUUGCUAAAUAAUGAAGCGAGUGUUUUAAUCCUAAACUAAAAGGCAGAAAUCCAACGGGAAAAAUUUUCCAAGCACACACAAAAAACAACUUGUUUGCUGGUCAAAUAAUAAAUAAUAUUAAACCGAUUUAAAGCUCAAAGAAGAGCGCCAAGAUCUAACGACACAAUUUCUACGAGAAAACUUGCUGAAAAAUCAAAAUAAUUCAAUUAUUUUGUAGUUUCACAAGACGCGUAAUUUUACAUUGAGGCUAUUAUGUACACUAUGUUAAAAUAACUAUUGUAACAAGAUAAACUCACAAAUGUCAUAGUAGAACUCACAAGAGUUAAUAUCUAUAUUUCUCUACCAUUAGUAGGUUUUAAAUAUUUUAAAUUAUAUUUGAUCAUCUUUUUUAAAAGAAAUAUAUUUUUAUACGAGCGAA